AUGUCAUUUCAAUCCGAUUUCCCAUUACCAAUCACCCCUCCCGAAGAAGCCCCCCUAUCAGAUGAAGGACCGGAAGGGGAGGCAGACUUUUGGGGAUUCGAUGGAAACCCGAGCCUUCUGUCAAUGGCACUAUGGGACUCUUCACGGAUAGCGAAAAUGUCUGGGACUGAGGAGAAACUCAAUGACGAUAAAGCGAGCUGUUCGCUACCGGUAUCUGUAACCAAGCCGCCCCGAAUGCUAUUAUCGCAAAGGGGGUUGGUCGAUGAUAAGUUCGGCUAUGAAACUGAGAUCCGCCGUCGAAAAGCCAAUAUCCACAGGUCAAAUCAGUAUAACUUGUGGGGAUUUCAUCCUCCUAUUCUACUCUCGCCACCGUCGAAUCUGGACUCAAAGCCUGAGAUGAACAAUUGCUCCGGAGGCCCAACUCAGCGUUUCCCUGAAAGUGAUUUUCGCUUUACCACAAAGCGCAUCAUAAACGAUCGAACUCAACUGCUAGAAAUGCUGUGA